UGGGACCGCGGACGGUCUCAGCCCAGAGGGCGCCUUCUGCAAACAUGUCUGUGGAUCCCUUAUCCAGCAAAGCCCUGAAGAUCAAGCGCGAGCUGAGCGAGAACACGCCGCACCUGUCGGACGAGGCGCUGAUGGGGCUGUCGGUGCGCGAGCUGAACCGGCACCUGCGCGGGCUCUCGGCCGAGGAGGUGACGCGGCUCAAGCAGCGGCGCCGCACGCUCAAGAACCGCGGCUACGCGGCCAGCUGCCGCGUGAAGCGCGUGUGCCAGAAGGAGGAGCUGCAGAAGCAGAAGUCGGAGCUGGAGCGCGAGGUGGACAAGCUGGCGCGCGAGAACGCGGCCAUGCGCCUGGAGCUCGACGCGCUGCGCGGCAAGUGCGAGGCGCUGCAGGGCUUCGCGCGCUCGGUGGCCGCCGCCCGCGGGCCCGCCACGUUGGUGGCUCCCGCCAGCGUCAUCACCAUCGUCAAGUCCACCCCGGGGCCCGGGCACGGCCCCGGCCCCGCCCCGCCCCCGGGCCCGCCGCGAGUUCGUAGUCCUCGCCCCAAGGCCACGCCCCGGGCCCCGCCCCCUCCCAAGUGCCUAAAUGAACCCUGA